AUGGCACAAACGAGACACUGGUUCUUGCGAGAUCGAAUACGCAGUUUUGAGACUCCAACCACCCAAAGUCGGGUCAUCCAAACGCUUCGCUUGGGCUCGGCAUUUAUAAUGAAUGCCGCGGUCUGCGACCCUGUCCCCCGUUUUCGCGGAGCCAUCAAUCCGCCAGAAAGAGAGCACGGCUUGCGUGUCGGCAUCUCUCGCGAGCGCAACGACAGUCUUCUACUGACCGUCCCAACUCCCGUUCGAGUUGUUCGCAUCCACAUUCACAUCCACACUCUCAUUAACGGUCGGGUCUCACUCUCACACUUGCGAUGCCUGUCACGGAAGGCAGUGGAGUAUCCCCAACGGGAAGCAAAUGGACUGGGCUUUUCGAGAGAGCAGAGGACACCAUCCUCGGCGCGUAUAUGCUUGCCCGCCCGCUCAAUCACGUUCGAAGAUUCAAUCCCGAUAGAACCAGCCAGGAACGCCGGAUCCGUCGAUGGCCAGACCACGAUGGCGGCGACGAGGAUGAGGAUGAGGAUAUGGGACGACGACUCAUGCGGAGAGUAUAGAUUUAUACACAUGUACGCCUACACAGUUAUACAUACAUAUGUACAUAUAUCAUGUAUAUAUAACGCCGACGAGUAUAGACCUCGGCCGCAAUCGAGAUUAUAUGGGUUAGAUUAG